CACCUUGUGUUUUUUGUCAGCAGGUCAAUGUUCGCGUCACCACCAUGGAUGCGGAGCUGGAGUUUGCAGUCCUGCCCAGCACCACGGGCAAGCAGCUCUUCGACCAGGUGGUGAAGACGAUCGGCUUACGCGAGGUCUGGUACUUUGGGCUCCAGUACACAGACGGCAAAGGUUACCCAACAUGGCUGAAACUGGAGAAAAAGGUGGCGUCCCAGGACAUCAAGAAGGAGAACCCUCUGCAGUUCAAGUUCCGGGCCAAGUUCUUCCCCGAGGACGUGUCGGAGGAGCUGAUCCAGGACAUCACCCAGAAGCUCUUCUUCCUGCAGGUGAAGGAGGGCAUCCUCAGCGAUGAGGUCUACUGCCCCCCCGAGACGGCCGUGCUGCUGGCCUCCUACUCGGUGCAGGCCAAGUUCGGAGACUUCAACAAGGAGGUCCACCGGUCGGGCUAUCUCACCUCGGACCGCCUGCUGCCACAGCGAGUGCAGGAGCAGCACCAUCUGUCCCGGGAGCAGUGGGAGGAGAGGAUCCAGGUGUGGCACGAGGAGCACCGGGGCAUGCUCAAGGAGGACGCUAUGCUGGAGUACCUGAAGAUCGCCCAGGACCUGGAGAUGUACGGCGUCAACUACUUUGACAUCAAGAACAAGAAGGGCACGGAGCUGUGGCUGGGCGUGGACGCGCUGGGCCUCAACAUCUACGAGAAGGACGACAAACUGACCCCCAAGAUUGGGUUCCCCUGGAGCGAGAUCCGGAACAUCUCAUUCAACGACAAGAAGUUCAUCAUCAAACCUAUUGACAAGAAAGCCCCGGACUUUGUGUUCUACGCGGCUCGCCUGCGCAUCAACAAGCGCAUCCUGCAGCUGUGCAUGGGCAACCACGAGCUCUACAUGCGCCGCCGCAAGCCCGACACCAUCGAGGUGCAGCAGAUGAAGGCCCAGGCCCGGGAGGAGAAGCACCAGAAGCACCUGGAGCGUGCCCAGCUGGAGAACGAGAAGAAGAAGCGGGAGGCCAUCGAGAGGGAGAAGGAUCAGAUGGAGCAGGAGAAGCAGGACCUGGUGAUGAGACUGUACCAGUUUGAGGAGAAGACCAAGAAGGCAGAGAGAGAGCUCCAGGAGCAGGUCCAGAGGGCCAUGAUGCUGGACCAGGAGAGGCAGCGGGCGUCGGACGAGGCGGCGCGGCUGGAGAUGGAGAGGCAGGCCGCCCUGCUGGCCAAGGAGGAGCUGGCCCGCCAGGCCGAGGACCAGAUGAAGGGCCAGGAGCAGCUGGCUGCAGAGUUGGCCGAGCACUCGGCUAAGAUCGCUUUGCUGGAGGAAGCCAGGAGACGCAAGGAGGAGGAGGCAGACACGUGGCAGCACAGGGCCCGCGAGGCCCAGGACGACCUGCUGAAGACCAAGGAGGAGCUGCACAUGGUGAUGUCGGCGCCGCCCCCGCCCCCUCCCCCGCCCAUGAUGUACGAGCCCAUGGCGGUGAUGGACGACUACAGCGACAGCGAGGAGAAGUCGAGCACGCACAGCGCCGACCUGCACUACGACGAGAUCAACGACCACCGCUACGAGGAGGAGCGCCUCACCGAGGCCGAGAAGAACCAGCGUGUGCAGAAGCAGCUGAUGGCGCUGACCUCUGAGCUGGCCCAGGCCCGCGACGACACCAAGAAGACGCAGAACGAUCUGCUCCACACGGAGAACGUGCGCGCCGGACGCGACAAGUACAAGACCCUGAGGCAGAUCCGACAGGGCAACACGAAGCAGAGGAUCGACGAGUUUGAGGCCUUAUAAGGCCCCCGACCCUUCCCCCCCCCCCCAACACAACCACCCCCCACUGCCUCUGCCUCGGCCCGGCCCCCGCACCAUGGUCACACCAACCUCCCCUUCUGAUUGGUCGCCUCGCUUUGCGCAACUAGGCCCUUCUAGUCUCCUUGGUGCACAAUCACUUGUGCAAAAACACACACACGCACAUGUGCAGACACACGCACACACACACACACACACACACACACACACACAUGCAGAUACGUAAACACUCAUGCACACCUAUACACAGGUACAUAAACUCACAGGAACCGAAUGCAUGUCACGUGUAGUGUGUGCACACGCACGCACACACAUACACACACAUACCGGUCGCACAUAGAUCACACUGUGGCACACAGAUAAGACUCCUCCGAAUACUGAAGCAGUAUGAGCAGAACGGCAGAUGUUCCUCGACGCCUGCCCUUCACAGAUGAUGGAAGCUCUCUAUUUUUUUGGUCUGCUAGGCAACACACAAGGCUUCUAUAAAUACGUAUAUAUUAUUACAAAAAUAACGUAGUGCCAAAUCCUUUUUCCUCUCUAGAGUCUACAAUCAUAUUUGUGUUGUUUUUUGGAUCAUGUGUAAUCUUACAAGCUCGAAAUUCAUUUUAACCAGAGGUGUGAUGAAAUUGUGGGGGGAAUAGCCAAAUUUAUUAUUUUUGUAAUAUUCCAUUAUGUGCACAUAGAUAAUGUAAUCAGAGUCUUGCUUCUUUGCAAUGUUUAUUCAUGUUUGUUGGAAGAGGUGUGAGUGAGACCUUUCACCGGGACAGCUUAUGAAAAGGGAAGGAGUAGAGAUAGUCUUGUUUUUAAAUACUUCCAUUCAUGUUUUAAUACAGCUCUACCGUUUCCUUAAGUCAUGCUUAGUUUGAUAUAUUUAUACUGUAUAUGGGACAUUAAGAAGGGUUUUUCAUCUUUCACCGGUUUGUAUAUUUCUUUGUUUAGUUUUUGUUUCCAUUUUUACGAAUGACAAUGAGGACGAAUGUGCUUCAAACAUUCUAUAUAUUGACCAGCUCCAUAGGUUAUGUACCUUGUUAGAUUGCUAAAUGAAUGAGGUAUAACUGUAAAUUAUUAUUUUAUACAUGAAGGCAAAUUCACGCCAUUAAAUCAGUUCAGCUAAACUUCUAGCUAGGUACUUGGUCAGCGCUAGCGGUCCACAGCGUAGCAUUCAGCGGUCUCCACAGCGUCCUCCAGAUAGCAGCGGCCACUGUUGAUUGGGUGAAACAUCUGGGUCUUGUGUUUCUGUCUCCCUGUUCUUUGAUUGGACCGUUUAUUUAUCUGUUCCAUCCCCAAAGGGGCCUUCUCCUCUGAACCCUACAAGAGGUUUGGAUUCCUUCACUCGACGCAAAGACACAAAUGAUUUCCUUUAUCUUUAAAGUUCAAACAUUGGUUGUAUCCCAUUAUCUGGGGACAGAGAUUAAAAUGAAUAAAGAUGAUCAGAAAGAUGUGUUAAACUGUACGUCACAAUGAGGGGUAUCCAGGUACCUUAGUCAUGGAACAGUGAAGAAUGAGGUGGUUGAUUGCUCAUUUUACACUGAUCCAACCCGUUGUUGUUUUUAUCUCUUGAAGAACAGAGGAGUGAAAUGUCCGUCCAAGACCAUAGGCCAUCAAGUAUCAACCAGACAUCGACGUGUUUCCCUCCCCUCUAAAGGAGACACACAGCUCUGCAGGACUUUGCAUUAGAACAGGAUUUUUGAAUGAGAUGUUCAGCUUAUCGACAAUAAAAUGAAAAUUCUCCAAUGAUCUCGCUGUUGUGUUUUAAUCUUUGUAAGCAAAUGAAAUCAGAAUGGAUUGUGUGUGUGGGGGGCUAUAUGCGUGACCAUCUGGAAGCCUUCCUGGUGUGGUCUGUGUGUGUG